GGGCUGUCAAUCAACAGCACUACAACACUGCAACACUUAUGAGCUAGCGAACAUUAAAUGGGUCUAUUAAAGGUUAUUCUCCGAAAUUCGGCAUUUCGGAUAUGCUGUAUGACACCAACAACCUCAUAUAUUAGGUAGGUCAGGUAGCUACGCCAUAUUCGAGAAAUUAUAGAAAUUAUUUGACUUGCCUCCCUAAAGUAUGUACAUAUGAGAACGAACAAUAUCGCUUAGUCAUGCCUUCGCUUCCUACCGUUCUUCUCAUCGGGAACCUAGCCCAUGCAAACGAAGAAUGGAAGGCUCUCAGCAGCAAAUACACACUUCUUGAGUUUCGCCAGGGGACGAGAGAGCAGUUUCUUGAGAACUGCCGAAAUGGAACGUACUCCGCAGUUCGGGGAUGUUAUCGGUCCAACACCUCCACCUCGAUAACCGGGCCCUUCAACCGGGAGCUCGUGGAGUCCCUGCCGGAGUCGUGGAAGUUCAUCGCCCACAACGGCGCCGGCUACGACAACAUAGACGUGGCAGCGUGCAGCGAGCGCAAGAUCGCCGUUUCUUCGACUCCCGGUGCAGUCGACGACUCCACUGCCGACGUUGGCAUAUUCCUCAUGCUAGGCGCCUUGCGAUACGCGCACGAGCCACUGGUUGCGCUGCGCGAGGGGCGCUGGAAGGGUAAGUCGCAGAUAGGCCACGACCCCCGCGGCAAGACGCUGGGGAUCUUGGGAAUGGGUGGUAUCGGUCGCGCCAUGGCAAAGCGCGCGCGCAGUUUCGGCAUGGAUAUCAUUUAUCACAAUCGACGGCGGCUAGACCCGUCGCUAGAGAAGGGCGCAAAAUACGUGUCGUUUGACAAGUUGCUAGCCCAGUCAGACGUGCUAUCCCUGAACCUAGCCCUCAAUGCAAGCACCCGCCACAUAAUCUCCGCACCUGAGCUAGCCAAGACGAAGAAAGGCGUUGUCAUUGUGAACACAGCACGCGGAGCGCUAAUCAACGAGGCCGACCUCGUAGCUGCGCUGGAGUCGGAAUACGUUUCGGCGGUUGGCCUCGACGUAUUUGAGGACGAACCGGAGGUCCAUCCGGGGUUAGUGAAGAAUAGCCGAGCAUUCUUGCUUCCCCAUCUGGGGACGAGUACUGUGGAGACGCAGCGAGAGAUGGAACGUCUCGUACUGAGGAACCUGCAAGCGGCUAUUGACGAAGGCAAAAUAUUGACUUUGGUGAGUGAGCAAAAGGGGCUUGAUUGGGUGCCGAAGGAGGCAGAUUUAUGAUUCUUGAUGGAUUUAUAUAUAUUAUAAGCAGUAUACCACGAAGUACGUACGUAUAAUUAUGAAAUUCAACCUUUAACAUGGUCCGACA